AUGUCCGACGCCUUCAUGAAACGAUUCACAGAAUAUCAUUCCAACAAGAGAUUCCAAAAAAUUCGGUAUCAAGAGUACGGCCACGCAUCGCACGACAUGACCUUUUUUUCUACGCUCUCCUCGGCCUCUUCACAAUAUCUCGGCGCUCCUCUCGCACCCUCGUGCUCUCCCUCACGUGAUUACGUCGACCUCGGACAAGAGAGUAUGCACGGUGAACCGAUGGAUAUUUCGCCCGCACCGCCUAGAGCGGUCCAGAAGGAGAAUGAACAGGGUGGUAGGUCGAUCACGCGUCCACUCCUGAAUGACUCUGCUUCUCUGAACACGAAGUCCGGCACUAAUUCAGGGGCAAAGCGCACACAACGUAGUGCUUUACCGUUCGAGUGGCUUGCCUCGACCCAACCCCUAAAGGCCACCAAGACGAUGGAUGACAUUAUGUUUACACAGCCCCCUUCAGUAUCUGUCUCUCUUGCGUCAGACGACGCGAUGGAUUUGCCGUCCCCGCCGAUAUCGGCAACCCCGACGGUCACACAAUUCCACAACUUAUUCUACACAAAUAUGUCACCCUCGCGCGGCGAUGAGGCAGUCAGUCAUGCGGAAGCUUCGUCUUCCCCUCCAUCCUCGCCGUCCGAACAUAAAUUUGAACGGAUCAACAACGAGUCUACGUCUACCAACUUUACUAAACCAAGUUUGCAAGGUCUUGGCGUUCCAUCCCUCGCCAACAAAAGACUCCGUAGGCCUAUUUUCUCCGCUAUUGAAUGUCCCACUGAGAGCGGGGGCACACCCGCGUGUCCCGCGAUGGGUUCCGAUGGAUCUCCUAGCCAGAGCCUCUUGGUUGCUCCUCCCCUUAAUCGGCGCGCCGUAUCCGCGAUGCUCCCACCGACUACCUUCGACCAUCUCUCUGACGAGUCAUCUUUUGAUGGACCUGACAUGUCUUCGCCCGCCCAAGCCUAUGCUAAGCGUCAGCAGGUAAAGACUAUUCGCCGGCGAGACGGUGCCGAGGACCUUAGACCCUUAAGCGGCAUGUCGCCUGUCGUGCAAAGGAUCAAUGCCGAAAGCCCCUCAGCGAAAUUUAUGCGUGCUGGUUUACCUGGUUUUGGUGACAACGAAACUAUCGGGAAGAUCUUGCCAUGCCAUCGCGUGCGUGAGGACGGUCUCAUGCGCAUCGCACCACAAACGUUGGAUUCACUCUUGGAUGGCGCGUACAACCACCGAAUCGAGCGGUAUUUCAUUAUCGACUGCCGCUUCGACUACGAGUAUAUUGGAGGACAUAUUCCCGGUGCCGUCAACAUUAACACUACACAAGGUGUUGAGGAAUUCCUCCUUGGCGCCAGCAAGCCAAAGCCAUGUGUUAGCGGGGAUUCAUCGAAGAAAACUGUCCUCGUCUUCCACUGUGAGUUUAGUGCAAAGAGGGCCCCAACCUUUGCCAAGCACCUCCGUUCGCAUGACCGUGCAAUGAAUAACCAUUUGUAUCCGAAGAUUCACUACCCGGAAGUUUACAUUCUAGAGGGCGGCUACUGCGAAUACUUCAAACACUCUGGCGAACGAUGCCAACCACAAGGAUAUGUGACAAUGGACGAUCCGAACCACGCGCACUCGCGCAGAGAAGACCUGGAUCAGUUCCGUAAAGUUAAGUUCGGCCGCACUAAAUCCUAUGCGUAUGGAGACCUGGGCUCGAAACUCGCGGGAAUUGCCCAACAACAGCAGGUGAAACGCAACACAGCCCCUGCCGUUGGCUCCACGCAGUUAUUUGCCGCUGCCAAUGCUGCUCGCACCCGUCGCAACGGUCUCUCGACUUUGGCCGAGAUCGGGAACAUUACGCAGACCGACGACGAGGAAACGGAUAUUGGGGACAGCCCUUGCCCACCUCCUAACAAAGGUGGCUUGAUGAAAGCGAAGAAAUUAGGACGCGCGCCCAUCACUCGGGCUGAAACGUUCGAUGCCUCCCGCAUGGCCGUAUACUGA